AUGAGUGUAACUUGUGGUGGUACUAGACUGGUUUUCAAACCUGUUUGCCUCUGGUAUUUGCCGUUUGUAUACAUUCGAGGGUGGGCUCUUGUUGACUUCCUCUCAGGUCUGAGGCCGAGAUCUGUGAGUGGUGGUUUCUGUACGAGUAGGGCUUCCGGAGUCCUUGAUUCUGGGUCGUUUUUGGGCCACGGUGGUCCUGUUGGAUUGUCUGGUCUGGUUGCUAGCCUGUUCUGUACCUGGGUUCUGGGUCUUUGUAGCUUGAGUUUUGUGCUUAAGCCAGGGAGAAUGAAUACUGUGGGGCACGGUGUUCAUUAUGUAGUUAUGUCUGGCCGAAUGGGUUUUGCUUCCUUGCCGGGUUCUUUCUUGGGGUCCUUGGAAGGCUAUCGUCAGUCCCCUCCUUUUUUUUCUGGUGAAUACCUGAAGAUUCACUGUAUCAAAGCAAAGUUGAACAUAGACAUGAACAUGAACAUGAACAUGAACAUGAACAUGAACAUGAACAUGAACAUGAAAAAAAGGAUAUCAAGCAUUCAAGCAUCUAAACUUUCAAGCACAACAAGCUUAACAUCAAGACUGCAAAAAGGUAUUUGGGAUGUCCGGGUUUAUAUUAUGGACCGAGAACACCAGCAGGAACAAGUAGAGGCCGGCCGCCCUGUGACAGGGCUCGCAAUACUACAACCCUUUAGAGGAUACCAUAGAGAGCUUGUGAGCGUUGAACUUUACCAAAAGGGUUCUUGGUGUGGUAAGCCAAGAUCUGGUAGCUCCUCUGCCAUUCGGUGGUCAAACCCUUUUGUGAUUGACCCCAUCGCUGCAAUUUGGCACAUUGUUUCUGUUGGAAGCUUGGCUGUUUACUGUCGGUGGUCUCGUAUACCUCCUGCUGGUGGUCAAGGUUCAUUCCGCCCGGUCAUCGAAGAACAUUUUGCAGUCCUGAGCCCGUCUCUUCAGAUGAUGUUACCUAUUCCAAGACAAGUUCCUUUACUUAAAAAACAAAUUCUAUCAAUUAAGACUAGCAGAAUCCCUGAAAUGGUCAAGCCACGGUUUGCUUAUAUGUUCAAGUCCAAUUCCAAGUCUUGUCCAAGUCCAAGUCCAAGUCCAAAUGUCCAAGCACUGUCCAAGCACUGUCCAAUAGAGGCGCAUUUCUAUCAAAGUCCAAAAUCUGGGCUGUACCUCCAAGUCUCAAGGCCAAGUCGAUUUCCAAGAAGGGGUCCAAUGCAAAAUUCCAAAAGCAAGUUCCAAAAGAAAAACAAAAAACAAAAAACCAAAUCCGAGGCCUAUACUAAGUCCUGUAAAAAAAACGGGCAUAUACUAAGUCCUCCUUUCCAAAAGGAUCAAAAGAAAUCCGAACUUGAGGCAUACACUAAGUCCUCCACUCCAAAAGGAUCAAAUCCAAAACCCGAGGCGUAG